CCUCGCUUUACGGCGACAGCAACGAUGGCGGCCCCCGGUGUGAGAUUUGAAAGCUCCCAGAGCAUCGAAGAGCGUAAGGAGCAGCUCCGGAGCGCCAGGGCCGAGGUGUUGCGUCAGGCCAAAGCCAAUUUUGAAAAAGAAGAAAAGCGUAAAGAACUUAAGCGGCUUCGGGGUGAGGAUACAUGGAUGCUACCUGAUGUGAAUGAGCGAAUUGAACAAUUCUCAGAGGAACAUUCUGUGAAGAAAAAGAAGAAAAAAGACAAGCAUUCAAAAAAAUUAAAGAAAGAAAAGAAAAAAAAGAGCAAGAAACAGAAAUAUGAAAAAAACGAGUCAACUGAUAGCUCAUCAAGCUCUGAAGAUGAGUGGGUUGAGGCUGUUCCCUCCCAGCCUCCUGGCAAAGAAAAGGCCUGGAAAGUGAAGGGUGAAAAGUCAGAAAAAGAAGAUGAUGGCCAAGUUAUUCAGAGGGAUGAGUGGAUGACUGUUGAUUUUAUGUCUGUUAAAACUGUGUCAGCAGCAUCACUAAAAGCUGAAAAGGAAACCAUUAGAAAAAUAGAGCAAGAGAAAACUGAAGCACUGGAACGGUCCAAACUGCUAGAAAGAGAGUUGAAUCCAUAUUGGAAGGAUGGCGGGACAGGUCUUCCAUCGGAGGACUGUGGUGUGUCAUCAGUUACUAAAGCUUCAGGAGUAGAGGAUGGUGGAUUAAGCUGGCUAAGGAAGUCUUAUCAAAGAAUGAAGGAACAAGCUGAGAAAGAAAACAGAGAUUUCGAGGAUAUUGUAGCUGAAAGGUAUGGGUCAAUGGAAAUCUUUCAGUCGAAAUUAGAAGAAGCUGAAAAAAUUGCAUUCAAAAAAGAAGAUUAUAGACGGGAACGGUGGAGGAAACCAGCAUAUUUGGAUGAAACACAAAAUAGUAAGGAAAGUAGAAAGUCAGACUUAGUAAAAUCUGGAAACAGUUCAAGAGAUAGAUACAUUAUAGCCGGGAUUGGAAACAGAAACAAUGAAGAUAAGUUUCAUGCUGAUGAAAAAAGUAAGAGAUCUGGGUCUUUAGAAACGUGUACGAGAGAAUCCAACCCAAGGCAAAGUCAAGAGUUCUCUUUCAGAAAUUCAAGGCCUAAAUUCUUAAGACCCUGUGAUGAUGACCAACUGCAAUUUCACUGCAAGGGCAGAAAUUUUGAACCAUCUGCUUCAUCUUCAGCUAGUGCUCAGAGUUCUUUGCAUCAUGGUUUUCGAAAACCCAUGGAGAGCAGUGAUGAAAACAGUGAAAAACCGUCAUGGCAUCUUCCUGAUGGGAGAGGAGACAAGAAACGUGUAGAUCCAAAACCAUUGGAAAGCAGGUGCAGCACUGGCUGCCAACACAGUCCAAGAGAUGGGAGAGAAGAGUUACAGGUCCAGAGUGUGAAAGAUGACCUAUCACAAAGAGAACAUUUACAGAACACAAAGUCUACUCUUGAUGGUGGUGAGGGAGAGUCCAUGCACAUCCUGACUGUUGAUGAGAAGAACAAGUUGGGGGCCAAGAUUAUCAAGGCAGAGAUGAUGGGGAAUAUGGAAUUAGCUGAAAGACUUAAAGCCCAACUUGAAAAGGCAAAUAAGUUCAAAGAACCUGUAACGCAGAUGUCAUCAAAAAAACCAGGGUCGGAGAAUGAAGAGCAGCAAGAAGUGAUUCUGGUCAGAAGCAAUGAGUCUGGGAGUGUAUGGCCUGUGGGCACACCAGGAGGGCCGCUGCCAGCCAGAGCAGGAGAAGGGAAGAAACAGAAGGUUUCAACCCAUGAGGGAAAAGAAAGAGUCAGAUACUUUCAUGAUGAUGAUCACUUAAGUCUAAAUGAUUUAGUUAGAAAUGAAAAGAUGGGGACAGCAGAGAAUCAGAACAAACUCUUUAUGAGAAUGGCAUCUAAGUUCAUGGGGAAAACAGAUGGAGACUCUUACACUCUGGAUGACAUGUUUGUCUCCAAAGCAGCAGAGAGGGGACGGCUUGGUGAAGAGGAGAACCAGAGGAGAAAAGCGAUUGCUGAGCACCAGAGUCUCACGGCACGAAUGGAAAACUGUCUGUACUGCUGUGAUAGCUCUCAGUUUCCCAAACACCUCAUUGUUGCAAUAGGGACUAAGGUUUACUUAUGUUUGCCGAAUUUCCGAUCCCUUACGGAGGGGCACUGCCUCGUGGUCCCUUUGCAGCACCACCGGGCUGCUACCUUAUUGGAUGAAGACAUUUGGGAAGAAAUUCAGAUGUUUAGGAAAUCCCUUGUAAAGAUGUUUGAAGGUAUGGGAUUGGACUGCAUUUUUUUAGAAACGAAUAUGAGCAUGAAGAAGCAGCAUCACAUGGUUUAUGAGUGUAUUCCUCUCCCGAAGGAAGUGGGUGAGAUGGCCCCUAUCUAUUUUAAGAAAGCCAUAAUGGAAUCUGAUGAAGAGUGGUCCAUAAACAAGAAGUUGAUCGAUCUGUCUUCCAAGGACAUCAGAAAGUCUGUACCCAGGGGCUUACCUUACUUCUCUGUGGACUUUGGCCUCCAAGGAGGAUUUGCCCAUGUCAUUGAAGAUCAACACAAAUUCCCUCAUUACUUUGGAAAGGAAAUCAUUGGUGGGAUGCUGGAUCUAGAACCAAGACUUUGGAGGAAGGGGAUCCGAGAAAGCUUUGAGGAUCAGAGGAAGAAAGCUCUGCAGUUUGCUCAGUGGUGGAAACCAUAUGACUUCACCAAAAGUAAAACACAAUGAUGUGAAAUGUCUCAGUUUCAGCUGCUUCUUCAGAUCCCAUUCAAUUUUAUAUCCUCUGCAUCUACCUGAACGACUGAGGCUCAGGGCUUAGGAGACAGUAGCAGCAGAGGACUCCUCUGGGAUUUCUGACAGCAUGCCCUACCGGUGGAAUGUGUACCUUCUUCCUCACCUGGUCCUGGGGACUUAUUUAUAAUGACUGUGGAGUAAGGUGGAGACACACUGGAUGGUCUGUCUCCAUUCCUGUUUUGUACCUACUUUCUGUGUCCUAAAUGAUUCAGUUAACCUAGAGAAACCCUUUUGGCAAAAGGGAGGGGGCUAAGGAAGCCUAGAAAGAAAGGUUUUAGAGGAAAAUGAGUCUACUUUCAGGUAGGUGACUCUACUGCCUGGCUUCUUUUGUACUUUUUACAAUAAGACUUGAUGUGUUCUAUUUUCAUACAAUUUUAUUGAACAUCUCUUUUAAGUUCCUGCCAGUACCAUAUAAUAUCACCAUGCAUUCUCUUUGUUAAAGGAAGCAGAAUAUCUGAAAACUAUCAAAGAAUUAAAGGGUGAUGAAAAUACAAUGUA